ACGUUUCAAGUUGUCAUUUCCCAAAAGUUUCUGAUAGAUCUUAGAACAGACGAGGAACAAAACGAAAUUAUUGACUCUACACACACCAGAGCUCACAGAGGAAUAUAGGAAAAUCUUGCAUCAAUUAGUCAAAGAUAUUUCUUUCCAAAAAUUAAAUUUAAAAUAAGAAGAUACGCAACCUUGUGCGUAACUUGCAAAAUCGCAAAAUAUGAAAGACACCCAUACAAACUUUAUUUAUCGAAAACACCAAUUCCUCAAAAGCCCCUGGACAUAGUGCAUAUCGACAUCUACAUUUGUAAUCCAAAUAUUUUUCUUUAGCAGUGGAUAAAUUAUCCAAAUUUGGAAUUUUCAAACCAAUCAAAUCCAGAUCGAUACCCGACAUACGGUCAGGAUUGACUAAGUUAAUUUCAACUUAUGGGGUGCCAAAGCUCAUAGUUAGCGACGAUGAACGGCCAUUAAAUCAAUUGAAGUUAGAAGUAUGCUAGAAGAGUUAGGCAUCGAAAUACAUUUCACACCCUCGAAUAAAAGUGAAGUCAAUGGAAUCGUUGAGCGUUUCCACUCCACAAUAAGUGAAAUAUUUCGAUGCAUCAAAGACAAACAUGUAGGUUUAAACAAAAAAGACAUUUUUCGUAUAAGUAUUGGCUUAUACAAUGAUACCAUUCACACUUCAACAAAAAGGAAAUUUUCUAUGGAAUAAAAGAAGGUGACACAAGACCUGUAGAUAUGGCGGAAAUAAUUGAAAAAAGAAAUAAAAUUUAUGACGAAGCUAUACAAAACCUUAAAAGAAAACAGAAAAAAGACCUAGAAUUCCACAAUAAAAAUAAAGAACCUGAACCGAUCCUUCAACCUAAUGAAACUGUUUACAUAACUCAUCAAGGAGUAAAAAGUAAGGUAAGAGAGUACCGGCAACAUUUAGUGAGGAGAAAUCGGCACAAAACACUAAUCGACGAUCAAGGAAGGAAAAUCCAUAAGACCAAGAUAAGGAGACAGCGGAAAUAAUAAAUUAAAAUAUUCCUUUUUUUAGCAAACAAAAACAUAUCUAAGAAAGAAACUCAAAAGUUUUUCUAUUCCAGGUUAGCCCUUGACGCUAUGGCUGAAGUGACGAUCACAGACCUCUCGCGACACGAGGGAAUAAUAGCAUUCAGCGAGAGAGAAGCAAAAAUUAUCACAACGCAACAUUUCCAUCUCCACAUCGUGCACUUGGAAAAAUUCGAAACCAGUUGUACGACACUUAAAUACACAAUACACCAAUUUGAACGACACAAUUUCACCGAACAAUAUCGCAAAAUGUUGGACAUCAGGACUAAACAAAUUUCCGACAACUACGACCAAUUAAAACCCACUCGUAGACAAAAGAGAGGAAUUUUAAACCCUUUAGGAACAUUUAUUAAAUCAAUAACAGGAAAUUUAGAUGAUAACGACUUACAAUUGAUUCGACAGGCUAUCAAGAAUUCUAAAAUCGAGACCAACUCACUUACUGACAAUAAUAACCGACAAAUUAGAAUCAACCAACAAUCCGAAACAAAAAUCAACGACUUAAUCCAACAUGUUAACGAGAACCAAAUUGAAGUCUUAAGAAGAAUCUCAAAAAAUGUCAAUAACGCCAACGCGAUGUAUGAAAACCACCUCAAGGGAAUAGUUCAUGAUAUUUUUCUUAAUCUCUAUUUACUAUUUACUUAAUCUCUAUUUACUAUAUACUAUUUACUAUUUACUAAAUAACCAACUUAGGGACAUUUUUGAAAUUAUACUGUUAUUAAGAAUAGGAAUUUUAUCCAGAGCUAUACUGAAUGAUAACGAAACGGAGUUUAUUUUAAAGAAGUUAGAAAAACAAAAUAUCCCUAUUAAUAACAUCGAUCAAAUUUAUGAAUUCCUCAGCAUAUAAACACAUCAUGAAAAUUCAAAAAUAAUAUUCAUUAUCAAAAUCCUUAUCUUCUUAUCAGAACACUUCCAAUACAUCAAAUUUGAAACCUUCCAAUCUUUAAUAGAACUAUAUCAACAUCUUAUAACUUAGCCGUUUUGAGUAAAACGCAAACAUUUGCUGUAAAAAAUGAUUGUACAAUUGUCGAAAAUUAUAGAAUUUGUAAAAGACAGGAGAUUUUAAACAUAACAGGCGACGGUUGUAUAGACAACGCAUUGCGAGGAAUCAACGCAUCCUGUCCCUACGAAGAACAUCGCAACGAAAUGGACAUCAAGCCGAUCGACGACCACACACUGAUCAUAAGAAAUGCUGUUCAACCAGUCCUCUUAGAUUCGGACUGCAACAUAAAAUCCCGACAGAUAGCUGGAGCCUUAUCAAUCAGUUACCCAAAUUGCUCAGUUUCAAUCAACGGAAUCAAAUACGACGACAGAAAGACAACUGAUUAUCACAACAUCAGAACAAUUUCAACAAUCGGAGUGAAUUUUCAACCAACGGUAGUUCUCAACAAACCCGAUCUCCAACAAGUAAACCUGUUGAGAACUACAAAUCUGGAUCAUAUCACAAAGUUACGAAGAGACCAUACAACACUACAACACACCACGACUGGAUUCCUGAUCCUAUUCGUAGCCAUGACCCUGGGAGUAGCAAUUCGGACCAGGAAGAAACAGCUUGGAUGGUGCAUCACACAACGAGAUACAUCUGCGGAGAAGACCCAGCACCUGCAACCCCAACAAAACACGCAGAAGUUCAUCUUUACAACAACCAACGACCACAUUUCCAAUUCUAGCAUCCCCGUCGAAUACACCGAAGAAAUCAUCGGACAGAUUAUAGAACACCUCGAUAAGAUCGCUAACACCAUACAAUUCAAACCCGAAGAGGAAAGCUCGAGAUUCGAGACGAAUCUCCAUUGGGGGGAGAGUAGUUAUCACCCACAUCCCCGCACACUCCUGAAAAGAUCCAUCUAGUCAUCGUCAUCGAACAACGACUUCCACUUUUGCUUAAGCCAGCUCAUCAGAAGUUAGACCAAGUGCCAUCCGGUCAACCAGCCACGGUGACAAUCGACAAAAUCCACCAAGUGGAACACCACAUCAUCACCUAUGGUGCACCGAUUGAACGGCUGCACCAUCAGCAAGAACAACUUCGAUCGAUCGAUCGAACCAACAGCAUAUCACUGCAUCAGCAUUUCGAAUGCCUCAGCAAUCGUCCAGACAUAAGCAGUUUAUAACCGCACGCCACGUUAGGGACCAAGCAUAGGGCCAAUUAUUGAAUACAAAAUCAGUCUUAUUCGUACAAUCAAACGGUUUGGUUAAAUUUUCUUUUUAAAAACACGUUCGAAGACCAUCAUACGUUAACUUAUAUAGAUUAUUAUUAUUAUUAUUAUUUUAUUUUUAUUUAUUUUCUGUUUAUCCGACUUGUAGUUUUAAUGAAGUUAUACUAAAAUAAAAGUGUUUGUGGCUGGGAAAAGCCGCCUUGAUAUGCG